UGAUAUUUUGCUAAAAAAAUAAACUGACAGAAAACAGCGAAGCCACAGCGAAUCCACAGCGAGUAAAACCAAAUCAUACCGAAUCUGAGUUGAUGUUUGAUGUCAUUUGGUAACGCUUGAACACCUUCCUGAAUUGAGUGUAGUAACGAAUGUAUGUUAAGAACAGUUAAAAGUAUCGGCAAAAAAUAUACCGGAGAAGAUUACCGUAAUGUUAAAAAAAUAGAACUUUGAUUUGCUUUUAAGAUUUUUAUUACUCUCAUUCUUGAUAUACGACAACGUUAAAGGAAUGGGUUUAAAAGACACUACUGAUUUCACUACUCAAGAAACCAAUGAGAGUACUGAAGUUACUAAAGUUGAAAAGAAAGGUCUAACAACAAUGGGAGCAGUUUUCUUUGUUGUUGGUGACAUAGUAGGUGCAGGGAUUGUCACGUUGCCUUACACGAUGCGAUUGGUUAGUUGGUGGGGAGUUCCUUUAUUUUUCUUGGCAGCUCUGUUGAUGUGCCUUUGUGGCAUAUUAUUGUCGAAAGGUUGUUUAAUUGUUUUCAAGGAAGUUAAGAAUAGAGAAGAACUGCGAGAUCCUUACCCAAGAUUGGCUGAGAAAGCAUUUGGUCCCAAAGCCAAAAUCAGUGUCAUUAUCAUUCUAAAUGUAUCUCUUAUUUUUACAUGCAUUGUUUUUUUAUUGCUACUGGGCGAGAUUUUCACGCAAUUCGCUCCACUUCCAACGGACAUAUUGACGCAGAGAAAUCAACUUAGAAUAUGGUUUAUCAUUUGUGCGUUAGUUUUACUACCUCUAACCUUUUUGGGAACUCCAAAGGACUUCUGGGGAAUUGGUCUUUUGGCUACUGUUUGUAGCAGUUUAGCUGCAAUACUAAUUGUAGUAAAUAUCGCCAUGACAAGUCAUAAGUAUGGAUAUAGAAUACCGACCAGAAUCAAAAUAAACCCUGAAACUAUAUUAGCAGCCUUUGGAACUAUACAAUUUACAUUCGGUGGAAUAGCUAUAUUUCCAACGAUACAGAACGACUUAAAAAAACCGGAGAAAUUCCCCAUUGCUGUUAUAUUUGGGUAUUGCAUAGUUUUGUUUAUAUACCUUGGAGUGUCCUUGACGGCUUUUAUAGUACUUGAUGGAAAAAUUCAAGAAGAUAUUCUGACUUCAUUUUCAAGCAUGCCGAUGUUUAAGACUUGCAAGUUUUUCAAAGCGUAUGUCAUGAUUGCGCAAAUGUUGAUAUGCGGUCAUGUGUUAUGUGCGUUUGUUAUGUUAGUAAAUCCAGUGAAUCAACAGUUAGAAGCUCUUCUGAAUGCCCCGAUAUAUUUCAGUUGGCAAAGAAUUGUGAUUCGCACCGCAAUUAUUGUCUUAAUCGUUGUUGUAGCAACUGUAAUACCGAACUUUGGACCAGUUUUAUCGUUGGCUGGUGGAACAUUGUUUAGCUUAUUAAAUGUCAUCUUCCCCAUUCUCUUUUAUUGCAAACUGGCCAAUAGGAUGGGCUGGUUAAAAGAGGUAUUUUUAGCGCUAAUUAUUAUAAUCUCUGUAGCAACGGCAAUUGGGAACGGGUAUGUGGAAAUCAAAGACGUGGUAAAAGUUAUACAAGGGAAAUACGAAGUCGUGUAAUUAAAUUGUUAUAAUUAAUGUAAAUAGAUCCUGUAAAUAGAUAAUAAUUAAGCCA